GUUUCAAUGACGUGUAAAAGUGGCGACUCUUGUUUGGAUUCAUGUGGUAGUGCGCCAAGUCGUGUAGCUAGUUCCAUCAAAACAAUGGUAAUUAAUCAAGAAUACUUUGCGAAGUAGUGGAUUUACACUCAAAGUAUUAACUAAAACCGAAGCCUUGAACUCAAACAUGCCAGUGUGCAGUUUUUUUAUUCAAGGACGUUGUCGGUACGGUGACAAAUGUUGGAAUGAGCACCCCCAAGGAGGUGGAGGAGGAGGAGGAGGUGGUAGUGGUGGUGGUGGUGGUCGAGGAGGAGGUGGUGGAUUUAACAACCGUUCAACUCCGCAACAACCCAGGGGUGGUGGCGGCUUUGGUAACAGAGUUUGGGUGAAUCCAUCGCAGAAUCAGUCGGCAGGAAACUAUAUCCAGCCUUCAUCUUUCUCCUCUCAAGGUGGCAAUGACUGGGGCAGGGGAGGAGGUGGUGGGACUGACUGGGGCGGCGGAGGAGGAGGAGGAGGAGGAGGAGGUGGUGGAGGGGGUGGGGCUGACUGGGGCAAAGGAGGUGGAGGAGCCGGUGGGGCUGACUGGGGCAAAGGAGGUGGAGGAGCCGGUGGGGCUGACUGGGGCCGAAGAGGAGGUGGAGGAGGGGGUGGGGCUGACUGGGGCAGAGGUGGAGGAGGCGGGGGCAGAAGGGAAAACAACAAGAGCUCCGAAUUCAGUUUUUCCUCACAGAAUCGCUAUUCUGCCCUCAACACGCAGCAGACUUUUGAUAAAGUAGGGGGAGGAAGCGAUGAACAGGAAAAACAUCUGGAGACCGUCAAGAAUGAUGUGGAGAUCUGGGAGACAUCAGGACAAUGGAUGUUUUCAUGUUAUGCCCCGACCAUCGCAACCAUUUCAGGUUUUGCAGAUCUCUCUCAGGAAGAGCUCAGGCUAGAGUACUGCAACAGCAGAGACUCGGGUGAUUUACAGAAUUAUACUAAUGGCAUCAAUCAAGCAGUCAACCAAUGGCGGAGCAGGGUCCAGGAGCUAAGAGCCAUGAAUGCAACCACUCGCGUUGCUUUGCUGGCUGAGCUGAACAACCCCACGCCCCAGGCCCCCCCGGCCGGCUGUGGCUCGGCCACGUCUGCCUUCGGGUCGUCCACGCCCAGCGUGGGCACUGGCUUGGGGGCCGCCGCACCGACCCAGGCCAACACCUUCAGCUUCGCCACCCCGGCCGCCGGCGGCUUCGGCUCCUCGGCUCCAGCGGCUCCCGCAGGUUUCGGCGCGGCCGCUGCGACCCCCGCGCAACCCAGCUUCGGGUUCGGCUCGGAACCGGCGCCGGCGGCGGCGGCGGCGCCGGCAGCGUCCGGCUUCUCUUUCGCCGCUCCAGACCCCAACAAGGCUCCGGCCCCCGCAGGGUUUGGCUCCGCCUCCGCCUCCACCUUCAGCUUCUCUUCCGCCACGACGGCGGCGGCGACGCCCGCAGGCGCCCCCGGGUUCGGUGCGGCGGCCCCCGGGUUCGGGGCGGCGGCCCCCGGGUUCGGGGCGGCGGCCCCCGGGUUCGGGGCGGCGGCCCCCGGGUUCGGGGCGGCGGCCCCGGCUGCGGGCAGCGGGAGCGUGUUCGGACAGGGGGGCGGGGGGUUCGGGGCGGCCCGACCCACGGGUCAACCAGCGGCAGCAGCAGCAGGGGGGACCAGGAGCUCCGCCGGGGGGCCCGGGGACAGCCUCUUCACCCCCCAGAGUGAGUUGACCCCAGAGGAACUGGGUCAGUUUGGAGCCAAGAGGUUCACACUAGGACAGAUACCCCUGAAGCCCCCGCCAAUGGACAUGCUGGUGGGCUUUUAGCAGGAAUAUAAUCUUAUCCUUUUGGACUUUUGGGAGAUAUAACAUAAUUUCGUUAUUACUAAUCAAAUUUGCUAUGCAAAGACAUCUACCCCGUAGAUUUGCGACUAAUUGAAAUGAGGUUUGAUGAUGGCAUGAUGUUUUUUUAUAAUAAAUGUACGCACAGCAACAUUGAAAACAUGCUUUAUCUUACCUACUUUACAGUUAAGCUUUGCUUUCUCUUAAAUACACUGACAGCAGGAACUAUAUGUCAGAACUGUGUCACUGCUUAUAUUUAAUUUGCUGAGCAUUGUGAAACCGUAUCCUUGUAAAACUUUGUGUGCAAUGGACGAAUGGUUGGGAUUUGGCACUCCUCCAAAGCUCUCACUGUUUCAUUCUAGUCCAGUCCAAUAAUAUUGAUCCAGGAGAGGUUAAACAACUUCCAAUUACACCGGGUUCCAGUAUUCUAUUAGCAUAUUCAAUACAAACGUAUUACAUGAUAUACGAAUACGGCCCUCAUUUAAGAGCCAAACACUGUUAUGCUAUUCUGCUUCAAGGGAAGCCUCUGCUGACUUGACAAUAUAGGAUUUAGCUGACAGGGUUUUCGGGACAACGGUGAUCUUACAUAAUUAGCCUUAGAUAGAAUGUAGCCACGACAUACUUUAACUAUAUUCUUUGUGUUACACAAAGAGAAUUAACGGUUACAUCCGUGGUCAAAUGUGAUAGCAACAUCAAGUUCACAGCUAAUUAAUGUAGUUACCCUUAAUGCCAGUGCAAAUGUAUGAGCAGAAACGUCAAUAAUUCAGCACGUUAAUAGAAAGUGAUGCGGGCCAUACUGGACAUUAGAUUAGUUUGACGACGUGAUCGGCCGAGAAGACCGAAUCUGACCCUUUGCCCAUAAGUGAAUUAAGCAAUCACUAUUAUUUUGAGGAACUGCCUGUCUCUGUUAAGGAAACACAAGUAUGACCAGCAUAGUUUUGAGUGUUAAGCAACAUCAUCAAUAGGGAGAAAUUCAUCAUAUUGGAUAUUAGGAAGAAUAAUGUUUUAUCUUGGAUAUAUCGUGGAAAGGCAGCAGUUCAGCAUCAUUCAAUGUUAAACAUGUCACUAGAAAACCCAUUUUUUUCUAUUGAUAUUAUUUCUUCAUCUGUAAUUCAUCAACAUCAUCAAUAUCCUCCAGUGAUUUAUUUUUCAUUUUUGGUAUUUACAUUUAAGAGGAGGCAAUACAUAAUACAUAGCCUCCAAAUAUUUUUUAACUUUUCUACUUUCAGGAAAUAGUCAAAUAUUGCUGUUGAACAACUAUUCUAUUUUACAUGUAUUAUAAUAUUUUGUUUAAUAUUAAAAGCACACACACUCGC